UGCACAAAGGAUUGGGGAAUAGAGCACAAGGUUUUCACUAUCUCUGUGGACAAUGCCUCAAACAAUGAUGUGGCAAUUCGAAUUGCUAAGGAAACAUUCUCUAGGAGCCGUAAAUUGCCAUUGGAAGGUCAGUUGUUUCAUGUUCGGUGUACUGCACAUAUAUUAAAUCUCGUUGUUCAAGAUGGUCUUCUUGGGAUUAAGACAAUCAUUGAAGAUGUCAAAAACAACGUGCGAUUUAUUAACAAAUUCUCUGAUGUUGUGCACCACUUAGGAAUUUCUGUGAAAAGGUUGAUCAUUGAUUGUCCAACUCGUUGGAAUUCUACAUAUGAGAUGUUACAUGAGGCAUAUAGAGUUAGAGAUGCAUUUCCUAUAUUUCAACAAAGAGAGCCUUCAUAUCAUUGUUGUCCUGCCAUUGAUGAUUGGAUGAAAGUGAAGGAUGUCAUUGAUAUUUUAGAGAUCUUUUAUGAAGCUACUCAUGUGAUUUCUGGAGUUGAUUAUCCUACUUCUAAUGUCUAUCUUGCCGUCAUUUGGAGAGUCAAGCAUGUAUUGAAUGAAAAGGAAAAUCAUGUUGAUGAGUUCAUUAGAGUAAUGAUUAAAGAAAUGAAGAAGAAAUUUGACAAAUAUUGGGGAAGUUGCAAUCUUUUGAUGGCAAUUGGAGCAAUACUUGACCCUAGGUUCAAAAUGAGGUUGGUUGAUUUUGCUUUUCAUAAGAUAUAUAAUGAGGUUGAUGCACGUGCAAAUAUUAUGAAGGUUCGAGAUGCAUUGUAUAACUUGUACUUUGAGUAUGUUGAAGUUGAUAAUGCAAAAUCUCGAAAGGGUACUACUUCAGAAAGAUGUUCUGCUACAUGCACAAGCUCCACAUCUCAAGGAAAAUUAGUGCCUAGUGGUUUGUCUAUGUUUGAUGAGUAUCUAGACACUAUAGAGGUGAAUGGUCCUUUGAAAUCGGAGUUGGACAUUUGCUUGGAUGAGGGGGUUGUUAGAAGUCAAGAUGGGGAUGGAGUUGUAGCCUCCGAGUUUGAUGCAUUAGCUUGGUGGAAAUCUCAAGAAUUGAAGUUCAAAAUUCUAUCCACUUUAGCUCGUGAUGUUUUGGCUAUUCCGAUAAGUACGGUUGCAUCAGAGGCCACAUUUAAUGCAAGAAGUCGAGUAUUAGAUCCUUACCGUUCAAGGUUAGGUUCUGAUAUGGUAGAGAUUUUAAUUUGUGGAGCAGACUGGAUUCGCCAACUUCACGGAAUCAAGAAGCCCAUUAUGUCACAUGAGGAAGAAGAACCUUUUUAUGUCGCGUUGAACACCACUUAAUUUUACAAGCUUGGUGGAAGAUUGAGUGCUUGACAUUUGUUCUAUUAUCAUGUUAUUUUGAUGAAUUUGAAACUUUUCGUGAUGUAUGCACUAGAUGGAUAUUGUUGAUUUUACAAUCUGUUGAAUUUGUGGCUUAUAUUGAGGAUUUUUUAUUAUUU